CGAGACUUGUUGAGAAAGAAGCCCUUAGCUUCACCGUCUCUCUCUUUCUCGUGAGCUUCUUUCGAAUCGGCCGUUCUUCUUCUUCUUCCAAUAUCUCUUACUCCAAUGGAAGAUGACGAUGAGUUCGGAGAUCUGUAUUCCGACGUUCUCCAGCCGUUUCAACCUCCCGUUGUUCUCCCACCUCCGCCUCCUCUUCCUCACCGUUCUAUCGACCUCAACCUCCGAUCCCAAGAUCAAGACGUGGCAGAACCUAAUUCAGCUUCAAUCUCUAGGGUUUCCGACAACGAUGCUUUAAAAUUAUCCACCACGCUCUCUCAGGACGCGACUCGUCAAGCAAUUGUCGAUGGUGGCGGCGACGAUAAGGACAUGAGCUUUGAUAUCGAAGAACCCGAUGCCGAUUCUACACCUACGAUUCCUGGUCUUUUCGUUGCCGCUUCUGAAGCUGGAGCGUUACCUGGUUUGGAUACAGAUCGAGGCGUUUCGCAAGUUACGACAAGAAUUGAGCAGCAGGUUGGUGGUGGCGGCGAUGGAGGCUACGGAGGACAAGGAGAUGGAGAUGAUUGGGAUAGCGACAGUGAAGAUGAUUUGCAGAUAGUGUUGAAUGAUAGUAGCCGCAACGUCAUGAUCGGAGGAGCUGAUAGAAGAUCAAGAAUGGGAGACAACGAAGAUGACGAUGACGAAGAUGAUGAAGACCCACUUGUUAUAGUGGCCGACACGGAUCCAAAUCAACCGAUGGAGGAGCAGCUAUGGGGUGAAGAUGGUCUGCAAGGGAUUGAAGGAGAUGGCAAAGAUGGAGGAGAAGCUGGGAAGGGAAGUGGACCAGGAGGUGCUUCUGGACCGCCCAAAGCAGGGUAUAGCAGUCAUGGUUAUCAUCCGUUUCAUUCUCAGUUUAAGUAUGUAAGACCGGGGGCAGCCCCCAUUCCUGGAGGUGCUGCAUCUGUUGGUGGGACCUCCUCAGGUCAAGUUCGUCCACCCGCCAACCUUGGUCCUUUGGCUGGUCGUGGCAGAGGAGAUUGGCGUCCACUGGGAAUGAGAAAUGCUUCUGCUGCACAGAAAGGCUUCCAUCAGCCUUGGGGUAGUAACACAGCAGGGCGGGGACUGGACUUUACUCUUCCCUCUCACAAGACUAUAUUUGAGGUUGACAUAGAGAGUUUUGAAGAAAAGCCCUGGAGAUAUCCAGGAGUUGAUAUGACAGACUACUUCAACUUUGGACUAAAUGAAGAGAGCUGGAAAGACUAUUGCAAACAGCUGGACCAACACCGUAUCGAGACUACGAUGCAAAGCAGAAUACGCGUUUAUGAAAGUGGUAGAACGGAUCAGGGUUAUGAUCCAGAUCUACCGCCAGAGUUAGCUGCAGCAACAGGCGCGCAGGGUGUUCCAGUUGAUUCUUCAAAUUUAGUGAAGCCAGACUCUGUUCAAGGUGAUUCAGCUAAAGUACCAGCCAAUGUUCGACCUUCACUACCCCCUGGAAGACCAAUACCUGUGGAGGCUGGUUCUGGUGAACGUCUGCCAUCCAUUGAUACACGUGCUCCUCGAAUGCGUGAUCUAGAUGCUAUCAUUGAGAUUGUGUGUCAGGAUUCACAUGAGGAUGAACCCUCGGGUGAAAAUGGCACAGAUCAAGCUGAUAGUAGCCUUCCUGAAGAAAAUGUCCCAGUUGAGACUAGUUAUGUUAACAGCAGGAGACCUGACACGGAAUCUGCUGAACAUAGUCCUGCGCAGGAUGAGCCACAUAAAAAUCUUCUCAAAAAGCAAGACGAUGAGAUCUCUAGAAGCACGGAUAGUGGCCAGAGUUUUCGUUCAUCGUCUCCUGUUGGAGACAGAGGCACAAGGUCAUCAAGUGUUGAUCGCGAAAAUGUGGGAGGUGAAGUUGGCAAAGAUGCUGAGAUGGGGGAGGAGCAUAAAAUGAGUUCUAAAUUCCCUCAGUCAGCAGUUCAAGAAGAUGACGAAGGGGAAUCAAAGACGGAGAGGAGUAGUGAAAGCAGCAAAGCAAGAUCUGGAAGUCACAAAGAUUAUCAGCAAUUGAAGGAUGGUGCAGAAGAGGAAGUUAUUCAAGAUAAGCAUUACACUCGACCAGCUAGCAAUAGGAAACAGCACGAUAACAAUGCACCGCAUCAGAGCAGAAAGAAUCAGGACAGAGGGAAGGAAAUGGAAAGAACACGAGCGGCGAGCAAAGGUGGUAGAGAGAACUCUAAUCCCCAUAUGGAGCUUGAUUCUAGUUAUAUCUACUCAAUUGCAAACCGCGAGGAUUUUGAUAAAAGAAAAGAGCGAGAUGUUGACGGCGCGGUCUGGCGCAGGAAAGAAGAUGACCCAUACGGUAGAAGAGGUGGGGAUGACGGGUCUAGAAAAAGGGAUCGUGAAGAUGAUCCUGGCUUUAGGCAGAGGGGUAAAAUGCGAGAGAAUGAAAUACGCAGCAAAGAUGACCAUGUUCCUUCCAGAAAGCAUAUUAUGGAUGAUGCUGGUAUGAGAAAUAAUUAUGAAGCGGAUGAUCACAUUAGCAAGAGGAGGAAGGAUGAAGAAUACUUGAGAAGAAGCCGGCCUGAAAAAAAUGAAAUUUCAUAUGGUCAAAGAGAAUCAAUCAGCCGCCUGAAACGAGAACGUGAUGAUAGGUUGGAGCAUCAAAAGAGAGAUGUCCAACAUAAAAUCAGAGAUGUUUUGGACGACCACAGUUCUCUCAGGCACAGAGAUGAUAUCUAUAUGCAGAGAGAUGGAAACGAGAGGUUGAGGGAGCGUGAUGAUUUGGAUAAAUUGAAGCUAACUCACGAGGAUGGUAUAUCAGCACGAGGAAGAGAGAGGCAGGUGGCUGUAAGGGCCCACAGAGGUUCAGAAGACCGACUAUCAAGGAUGAAGGAUGAGUAUAAAGCUUCUGACAAAGAUCAUCUCACCAAAGAUACAUUAAGGCAUGCUAAACAGACAAAGAGAAGGGACUACCUUGGUGAAGAAAGUUCUUCCCAUCAUAGAGGACAUGAAGACUUCUCUGCACGGACAGACGACAUUGUUAACAAUGAGAAAAAACCAAGGCAGGAGAGGACAGGUGCUAAAAUUGAUAAGUUUGUUGAUACUUUGGAUGGCCAGCGAUUGCAAGACAGAAAACAUAAAGAUUCUAGACGAAAGAUUAAAGAACAGCGAGAGGGCACAGAAUCAUUGAGGAGCAAGCAAGGGGAGCAAAAUGGCAGUUCCGUAGUGACAGGCUCAAAAGGAACAAACGAAGCAAGGAAUUGCAGGAGUGAGAACCCACAGCAGCCUAACCCCACCAAAAGACACAAGGAAAAUGCAUCCUCUGGUGAUGAGCUACACGAUUCAAAGAGAGGACGUACAAAACUGGAGCGUUGGGCAAGCCACAAAGAGAGAGAUGAUACUGUCUCUGCCAAGUCAUCAUCCAUUUCCUCAAAGCUUGAAGAAAAGGACAAAAACACUAACGGCAGGCUUAGUGAACUUGUUCAUGGUUCUAUUAGCAAGAGCCGGGAUGUAACUGAAGAGAAAAGUGGCCAUAACCUUGCAGAGACCAAAGAUGGUAGCGAGAAGGGACCAGGAGACCGGCACUUGGACACGGUUGAGAAACUCAAGAAACGCAGUGAAAGGUUCAAGCUUCCAAUGCCCACGGAGAAAGACACCACGGGAGUUAAGAAAAUGGAGUCUGAGACACUGCCCUCUGCAAAAAUUGAAGGCCCUGUGGAUUCAGAGGUGAAAGCAGAGCGGCCAGCAAGGAAAAGACGGUGGACGAGUAGCUGAGAGUCAUAAACUGGAGUUGAAAUAAAAAGCGAUGAACUGG